CGCGCGCACUGCGCGCAGCGGGCGCGCCGGGCCGCCGCUGCUGCGCGCCAGCCGCGGCUCCGCUCCCAGUGACCGCGGAACGGCAGCACCGCGGCGCUGAGACAGCCGAGCGGGGCUCCGCUAACCACCAUGGAAACAAGGAGGAAUAAGAGCAGCUAGCGAGCUGCUCUCUCCCCCGCCUUUCUCCCUCCGCUGGAUUGCGAGCCUCAGACAGCCAGGCAGCAACAGCGCCUGGCAAACGCGAGGGAUCUCAGCUGGCAGCACGGAGUCUCUCAUGUUGCAGGAUAUCAAUAGAUGCGUCUUUGUAUUAUAGACUGUUAGACACACGCAUGCACACCGACUCCCACCCACACGUACAUGUGUGCUCAUCUAUACAGACUCUGGCUUCAAUACAAGUAUGUCGCCACCUGAACUAAGGAUUCAAAAUUACUGAGAUGCAAGAACUCCUCCAGCUCUGAAACUACUCUUAUUAUAGGGUCAUCUUGUCGUUCCUGCAAACACUAAUCAAUCAUGGGAUUUGAAGUUAAUACUACUAAAUAAAUGAAUUGUUUAAUCUCCUAUGACCAUCUAUACAUACUUCAUCUUCACAAAGCUCAUCAAUUUUAUAUCAGCAAGGACAAAGUGACCUUCAUUUCCACAAAAUGCUUCUUAUUACUAGACAAGCUGGUUACAAAUUUAUCAUUUAUCCUCAGGAAGGAAGUCCUUCACAAUCGUCAUUUGAUAAAUGCAAGAUUGUGCUUUAUUAAUUGACCAGGUCAUACUGAAUUCCAAGACUAUUAUUUUGGAAGGGUCUGUUACUUUCCUGAACAUUUGGGCUAAGAUGAAGGACCUGCAACUCAAAAUUAAUUUACUGCUUGGUCUAGUUACCACUGCUCUACUACAAGCCGUAGGACGAAAAGCAGACUGCCCGGAGUCAUGUGUAUGUGAAAUCAGGCCAUGGUUCACCCCCAGGUCUGUCUACAUGGAAGCUCCAACAGUGGACUGUAAUGAUUUAGGCCUUCUUCAUUUUCCAGCCAUGCUGCCUGCUGACACACAAGUUCUACUUCUACAGACUAAUAAUAUUGCAAAAAUUGAACACUCAGUAGACUUGCCAGUGAAUUUAACUGGUCUAGAUUUAUCUCAGAACAAUUUAUCCUCAGUGACCAGUAUUAAUCUUAGAAAGAUACCACAGUUACUGUCAGUGUACCUUGAAGAAAACAAACUUACUGAGCUCCCUGAAGAAUGUCUCUCUGGACUAAACAAUUUGCAAGAGCUUUAUAUUAAUCAUAAUCUGCUUUCUGUGAUUGCACCAGGAGCUUUCAUAGGCCUCAAUAAUCUUCUCAGACUUCAUCUCAAUUCAAAUGGUCUUCAAGUGAUUAACAGAAAGUGGUUUGAAGCUACUCCUAAUCUUGAAAUUCUCAUGAUUGGAGAAAAUCCAAUAAUCAGAAUUGAAGACAUGAACUUCAAGCCUCUUAGCAAUCUGCGCAGCUUAGUUUUAGCAGGUAUAAAUCUCACCGAAAUACCAGAUAAUGCUUUGGCUGGCCUUGACAACUUAGAAAGCAUUUCCUUUUAUGACAACAGAUUUGUUAGAGUGCCCCAUAUUGCUCUUCAAAAGGCUACAAAUCUUAAAUUUCUGGAUCUAAAUAAGAAUCCUAUUAACAGAAUACGGCGAGGAGAUUUUAGCAAUAUGCUGCAUCUAAAAGAGUUAGGAAUUAAUAACAUGCCUGAACUGAUUUCUAUAGAUAGUCUUGCUGUUGAUAAUUUGCCAGAUUUAAGAAAAAUAGAAGCAACCAAUAACCCCAGAUUAUCAUACAUUCACCCCAAUGCAUUCUACAGACUUCCCAAGCUGGAAUCGCUCAUGCUCAACAGCAACGCACUGAGUGCGCUGUACCGCAGUACUGUGGAAUCCCUGCCUAACCUCAAAGAAGUCAGCAUACACAGCAAUCCCAUUAGGUGUGACUGUGUCAUCCGCUGGAUUAACAUGAAUAAAACAAACAUUCGGUUCAUGGAGCCAGACUCCCUGUUUUGUGUAGACCCUCCUGAAUUCCAAGGUCAGAAUGUGAGACAAGUACACUUUCGGGAAAUGAUGGAAAUCUGUCUUCCUCUGAUAGCUCCUGAAAGUUUCCCAUCUACAUUGGAUUUAAAAGCUGGCAGCCAUAUCUCUUUGCACUGCAGGGCAACAGCAGAACCAGAACCUGAAAUCUAUUGGAUAACACCAUCUGGACACAAACUUUUGCCUAAUACUAUCUCUGAUAAGUACUACAUUCAUUCUGAAGGAACGUUAGACAUAAGUGAUGUAACACAAAGAGAAAGUGGCUUAUACACAUGCAUAGCAACAAAUUUAGUUGGGGCAGACCUAAAGUCAGUCAUGAUUAAAGUGGAUGGCUCUUUCCCUCAGGAACACAAUGGAUCUUUAAAUAUUAAAAUAAAAGACAUAAAAUCUAAUUCUGUUUUGGUUUCAUGGAAAGCAAGUUCUAAGAUUCUGAAGUCCAGUGUUAGAUGGACAGCCUUUCUGAAAGCUGAAGACUCCCGGGCUGCACAGAGUGCUCGAAUACCAUCUGAUAUAAAGGUAUAUAAUCUUACACAUCUAAAUCCAUCAACUGAAUAUAAAAUUUGUAUAGACAUUCCCACUAUCUAUUCUCAGAACAAGAAACAAUGUGUCAAUGUAACCACAAAAGGACUGGACUUGGAAGUGAAAGGCUAUGAAAAGAACAACAUAAUAGGAUUCCUUGCCAGCCUUGGUGCUCUUUUGGGAAUCAUAUCUGUGAUAUAUCUCUACAGCUGCAUCUCUCAAGAUAUGAGCUAUGGCACUGGACACAGCUAUCUAAGGAAUUACCUGAAGAAACAAUCCUUUUCCCUCAAUGAGCUUUAUCCUCCUCUAAUCACUCUUUGGGACAUGGGCAAGGAAAAAAGCACAGCAAUGGAAGUAAAAGCAACUGUAAUAGGAGUACCAACAAAUAUGUCAUAAAUAUGUCAGUAUAUAACUUACUUCUGAAAUAAAAAGCACAUGACUGUAUUUGUGCUGAAUAAAAAGGCAACAAGAAAAAAAAUAUUUCUUUUAGGAACUAAAUGCCUGGAUUUUGUUGCUGCCAACAAAUGGAAUAUAUAUGACAAAGUAUGAGAGAAGAAUUUAAAUUAACUGGCUUCUAAGGGUAUUCUAACAACCAAAUAAAAUUAACUUCAUAUUCUAGAACUUUCAUGGGACUUUUAAGUCUGGAAUACAGUGGAAGUAGCCAAGAACAUUUUCUGUAUUUUUUUUUUAAAUUAUUAUAUAAAAGUAGUGGAACUGAGCAAUACCUCCUCCUGUGCUGUAUUACACAAAAUAGCCACGAGUUUUUGCAGUGAACAGAUAUACUAGGAUUGACAUAUGGUGUAAUGAAAUGGACAAACUCUGUAGAGUAGACACAGUGAGUAUGUGAAUUUUUUUUAAUGAGAAAAUACAUUUUUGAUUAAAAUCAAAAUAAUUUUUGUCUUGUUGUUUCUAAAGAAAACACCCCACCUUUCUGGGAGUUCUUGUCUGACAAUAAACAAACACAAUCCAAAGUCUGAUAAAAUAUCUCUUUACAUAUUCUCCUAUGAAAAUGCUAAUCUGAGCACAAAGGAUAUUUUUAUUGAUUUUAGGUUGUAUAAUGUUCCUAACAGAAGCAUAAGUUUAGUGAUAGCUUUUUAGCAAAUUUUAUUUACCCGAAGAACAUUAUAAAGGCAAAAGGAAUGUUGGAGAAGAGGCCACUUAAACCCACUUAAAUUAGAUUUCAGCAUGGAUGUUGGUUAAUGAAUAGUUCUUUGAUCUUUUUAUUUUAUACACUUUAUGUAUCUGUGUGAAAUACUUCUGUUCUCUUAGCAACAUAUGAGCUUGCAGAUUUCUAUUUCAUUAUAUCUUUAUGACAUCAUUUUAUUAUUAGAUAAAAGUAGUCUCUUCUAGAAUACAUGGCAAUGCUUUCCAUGGUAGUACUGUGAACCACCAUCCAUAUAAACAUAACAUCUUUAAUCUCUAUACAGAAACAUCCCCAUGGUAUUAGCCAUCUUCCAUGACCAAAGACAUUUUUCUGUCAAAAUCCCCACAGAAGUAACAGGUGAGUGGUGGAAUUCUUGUGUAGCUGUAUAUAAAAAUGGACAGCUAUUUCUUCUACAGAUACCCUACAUAAGCCUGAAGUCCUUAGGAAAUAAUAAAUGUGCUUUCCAGCUUUAAUAGCAUAAUACAUAUUAACUUGCAUUUUUGCACAAACAUGCAAAAAAAAAGUAAAAGCAGUUUUUUCAGCAAAGUAGAAUCUCCUAAAAAUCAUAGAAAUAACUUAGUUGUGCUGAAGUAUGAUUUUUCAUAAUCUCAAUUAUACGAAGGUUGUUUUUCUCUACACAAGGCAUAGGGCUAAAAUUUUUAGGUAUUUCAUUAAUUGGUAUGUUUACUCCAAUGGAGGAAGAAACAUAAGGAACUGUAUUUCAUUUCCUCAGAAACAGGAAAGUAUUGUUACACACUUGUGUUUCCAUUUAUUUCAUAGUUUUAUCUCAGGAAUGUAUUAAAAUCCUUUAAUGCAUUAAUGCAUUAAAAGCAGUACCUACUGGUUAUUCAAACCAGAAGAGUAGAAAUAGGUUAACUUUUCUUUGGCAUUUGACAGCAAACCUCAUUCUGAAAUGUACCACUAAUGAAAAAGAGAAGGCAAACAUAAGUAUUUGAAAUAUCUGGCUAGAUACAAUACUGAAAAAAAAAUUCAUUAAUUUAUAUUACUUUUUUGUAUCAGCUACUAGACUGAAAGAUGUUUUAUUCAUAAAAAGAUAAAGCAUUUACUUUUUGGUAAAAAAUUUGAUGCCAUUUAAAAAAAUAAGCUGCAGUAUUUAAUCAGCUAACACAGUCAAAAGCUAUCUUAUAUAGGAACAUUUCAGUUUCUAGUUUAGCUAAAAAUGUUGUGAAAUCAUAACUUUAAAAAGUACCCAUAAAAUGUAGAUAAGAAAUUGGAGAAAAAUACAUGGAUUUAUAUCCUAAAAGGAAAUUUCCAUUUCCAAAAUUCUCCAAUAAAACUUAUUCUGCUUGUGUAGGCUGAAGUAAUGACCUCAAGAUAAUUUAAAACAGAAAUUAGGAUUCUUCCCAUAAUGUUUGCUGGCCAGUAAGACAUAAUGAUCAAUAAUAAAUAAAAGAUCCUUUUUUAUCUGAAGCUAGAAGAGACAUUUCUAAAAUAGGUUGCUAUAUGGUACAGAAAAUAAGUUCACAUACCAGACAAUUCUAGAAGAACUGUGAUAAAAAAAUUGAAAAGCAACUCUGUCAGACAUAAGGAAGAAAAUAAUUCUUAUUAUUCAACUGAAUUCAAUGGAUCUGUGGCAUUGACAAAACAAGAAAUUUUACAUGGAAGAAAGUAUACAGUAAGUAUGUAAGUAAGAAAGUAUACAGUAAGUAAGUUCAUUAUUAAAACUUCAGAAGACAUUUUGAAAGCAAUAGCUAAAUGGAAUAGAGGAGACAGCCAUUGAACACAACCUAAAAGAGUCAUAAAGUGGCUGAAAGUUCACCUCAUGCUAAAGAUUAGAAAAAAAAUUGAAAAAAUAAUAACAUGCAGCUUUUGUAGAAGUCAGAAACCAAAUUACUAGAAAUAUAUCCAGAGUAAAAAAAUUCCUGCUAUUACUUGCUAGGUAGGUAAAAAAAAACCCUAUCUUCUGAAAUACAGGCUGACCUUCCAAAUCUAGUGUUUUGGUAGGUCAGUUGACUGAUGUACCAAAUGUGUAAUUUAAAUAGCUUUUCCUUUCAUAUCAUUAGAAAUUAUUGGAACCAAUUUUCUCAGGAAAAAAAUCUAUGUAUACUCAGGGAAAAUGCUGAACAACAACAACAACAAAAAAAAGAGAAAUAUUAUCAAAACAAGGAAAAGAUAAUCUAAACAUUUAGUAAACAAAAAAUCAAGACAGAGAACAAAAAUUAAGCUAGGUGACAAAAUUUGUGAAAAUUAAAGGAAAAAACCACCAAACUUCACUUCCACAUAUGACAGCUAUAUAAGUUAGAUAUUUAACAAGAGACUUGCAAUUACUCAUUUAUAUGGAUUAAUUCAAUAUAUUACUGAAACUUGGCAAGCUUUACAUGAUUGGAAUGUUAAAAUACACAAUCAUAACCUGUCUAGUCAGAACUGUGCUUUGAAACUGAGACUUGAGCUAUUCACUUCACUUUCAAUAAAAAUUCUAAAGGAGUUGCAUCCUCUUCAAUGUUUCCAUUAUAGGGCAGUGUGAAAAGGAAGUACCAGACUGUAAUCUGUCCAUGACUAGCUGCAGUUCAGUAUUCUGAGACAAGAUGUACAAACAACCUUUGUAAAUAGCAUAAGCAUACAGUAAAACUAGUAAUGAAUAAUGAAAACAGACCCUGUGGUAUGAAACUGACUAUGGUUAUGUUAUUUUUCUGGCUACAUUAAGUAGUGUUUCAUUUCUACAGUUGUGGUGAUCAAAAAGAGAUAGAAGGGUAAGCCAAUUGGACAUCAUGUUUAAAAGACUUGUUGUUUUGAACAAUCAAGAAAAACUUUAAAUAAAUGUGUUGUACAUCUACCUACUCAACUACAAUAUUCUCAGAGAGAUAUAAAGCUGCAGAUAUAAUGAAGUACCUUCCAAGUAACUGAAUAUUUUAAGUAAUCCUUCCUUCUUUCAGAAAAAAAGCUGAAAACUACAUAUUAAAUUCCUCUUUCAGCUAAAAAAAUACUUUUUACAAAUGUCUCUCACUUAUCUUUCUCUCUCUCAGCUUCAAUUAUUUUUAGACCCUUUUUCCCAAAGCCCUUUUCUUUGCCUUGAUGCAAAUUCUCUGUUCCCUUCCAUGCUUCCUGUGGGUUAUUUGUUUAUUUCCUGCUACUAUUUUUGCCAGACUGUCACAUCAUUUUCAACACUUCCCAGUAGGGACACAUGUUGUCUGACUUACUAAAAAAAUUAUCAAUUAAACAUAAUAUUUGGAGGCAAAAUCUUUGAAUAGAGAAAUACAAUUCUAAACUACAGACCUGGCAUUCUUAGAGAAAAACCUAGUUGCAAAUCUGAUCAGGUAGAGAUUAAGAGUCUCUCAAGGAAAAAAAGAAUAAAUAAUGUAACAACAUUCCAAUGAAAAUAAUAAUAUGGGAGUUAGAUAAAGCUGGACGGGCACGCAAUUUGGGCAGAUGGCCUAUUCCUGAUCCUAAAAUAGCUGAUGUCGUUUUAACACUACAGUUUAGAUAAGCAGAAAACAAGCCCAUCUGCCUUACCCUUACAUAGCUAUUGUUUGUUAUCCAUGUUAAUGACAAUUUCACACUGUGCUCCAAAUAGCCAUAAUGCUUUCAUGAAUCACAAAAGUACAUCAAAUUCAGUUCUGGUGUCUUCACCUAUACACACUUCUUACAGACUAGACCUAGAUUCUAUAAAGAAAGCCUUUCAGCAUUCAUAUACUGCACUUUACAGGUCAAAGAGUUUAGUGUUUUGUCAUUGAGCAUGUGAGCAUUAAGUCAGAUUCCAUGCGAUGGCUGUUGGGAAUAACUUUUGAGGGUAGAAUCUUGUCAUCCAUUCUUAUUUUUUGUAUGAAAUUUUACUCUGUGCUGUUAACACAGUAACAGUAACUUCUUUUUGUUUUUGUCUCUAGUGUGAAUGUCAGCUAAACUUAAAAAUAUACAGUUGAAUUCUUUAUAACAC